UAUUCCAAGGAAAGAAGCCAAAUCCACAACAACACGACUCCAUGGUGGCUUCCUUUACCUAAUCCCUUUGUUCAAUGACUAACUGUGCAGUACAUGGACUCAGGAAAAGAAACAGGGAAAAACCAUGACUCGGGUUAAGACACUACCUACUUUUUAUUCCUUAUUGUAGUUUUUGUCUUAGUUCCACCGAACACGUGACUCUCAACAGGCCCUUCCAUGCCAAACCGAAAUAAUGAAUAGAAAUAAGUCUCGGGGAAAAAUUUUAUUACUUCUCCACUCCAGCAUUUCUAAUUGAACAUUAGGUUAGAAAAAAAAAAAAAAAUAGCACCGUCGCAGGGAGAUGAGGAGAGGAAGUUGUGUUAGGCGAGGAGGAAGGACGUGGUAUCGCGGAAGCUGAGAAGUGGGUCAUAGGAAAGGCUGGUAGGAGGUUCAAGGGUCCCGCGCCUCAUAAUGACUGUGGUGGUGACAUUCCCGUGUUUCUUUUAACUACACAUGGGCACACUUACACCAAGGAUACUGGCAGCCUUCAUAUAGUCCACCGUGUUUCCGCCUGACGUGUAUACCCCUUCAGGCAUCCAGCUUUAUUGGUUGAGGUCUGCUUUGAAAACGAGGGCAAGACAGAGACAAAAUGUGGCCUUCUGCUAUAGCUGUUGGGGUGACCAGUGUCCUUUGGUAUGCCAUCAACCUUAACAUCUACCUUGUGAUAGCAAUCUGCUCAGCUUUGUACAUCAGCCUUGGAGGAUCCCUAACCAUCUGGCAGAUAUACAAAACUUUUCCAAGAGAUUUCAAAGGUCUGGUGAGAUUCAUUAAGCUGACAGUGAAGCUCAAGCACGCCCAGCGGAAUAAUCUGAGUGUUCCCAAAGCCUUCCGCAUCAUUGCAGAGAAGAACAGAAACAAAGUGGCAUUCUACUUUGAAGACGAGACGUGGACCUUUGGACAGGUGGACGAGUUAAGCAACAGAAUAGGAAACUAUUUUGCUAGUCAAGGAAUCAAACAUGGGGAUUCUGUGGCCGUCUUCUUGGAGAACAGAGUGGAGUAUGUCUGCCUGUGGUUAGGACUGACUAAGAUAGGUGCUAUUCCUGCCCUCAUCAACUAUAAUCUCCGUCUUGAACCACUGGUGCAUUGUAUUAAAGUGGCAUCAUGCAAAGCUAUUGUGUGUGGUGCUGAGGUCCAGCCAGCAAUAUGUGAUAUAUAUGACAGAGAGGAGAUUUCAAGUCUGCCUGUAUAUGUAUAUGGUCCCAGAGAAGAAGAAAUUGCCAUCAAAGGUGGCAUUGACCUGGAUUCUGCCUUACCCUCUGCUCCAACCACUGUACCACCACAACUAAUGAAUGUGAACUUCAUUGAUAAUAUGGUGUACAUCUACACCUCUGGCACCACUGGCCUUCCCAAGGCUGCCAUCAUCAAGCACUCCAGGGCUUUCUUUGCUGCAACAGGUAUGGGAGGAAUGAUUGGGUUAACCAGCUCUGAUAUUGUGUAUGACCCUCUGCCACUCUACCACACGGCUGGAGGCAUCCUUGGUGUAGGCCAGACUCUGUUUGCAGGCAUCCCUACCGUUAUAAGACGGAGAUUCUCAGCCACACAGUAUUGGUCUGACUGUAUAAAGUAUGGCUGCACGGCUGGCCAGUACAUUGGUGAGAUUUGUCGCUACCUCCUCAACAUGCCAGAGAAACCAGAAGACUCUCAACACAAGAUUCGGAUCAUGUUUGGAAAUGGUUUGAGGCCUACCAUAUGGGAGGAAUUCCAGAAAAGGUUCAAUGUACCUAUAAUAAGUGAGUUCUAUGGAUCAACAGAAGGGAAUGCCAACAUUAUUAAUAUUGAUGGUAAAGUAGGAGCAGUUGGGUUUGUGUCUGUUCUCUUCCCAACUGUCUAUCCUGUAGCUCUCUUGAAAGUUGAUGAAGAGACCAGGGAAAUUGUGCGUGACUCCAAUGGGUUGUGUAUCAGGUGUAAACCAGGUGAGGCUGGAGAAUUUAUUGGCAAGAUUAUACAGAAUGAUCCUAUUCGUGACUUCCAUGGUUAUGCUGAUCAGAAUGCAACCAAGAAGAAAGUUGUCAAAGAUGUCUUCAAGAAAGGAGAUUUUGCUUUUCUCUCAGGUGAUAUUCUUGUCAUGGAUGAUGAAGGUUACCUGUACUUCAAGGACAGAACAGGUGAUACCUUCCGAUGGAAGGGAGAAAAUGUAUCAACCAUUGAAGUAGAGAAUGUAAUUUCUCGUGUCACUGGACUCAGUGAUGUUAUAGUGUACGGAGUGGAGGUGCCUGGCACAGAGGGUCGAGCUGGAAUGGCAGCUAUUUUGGAUCGUGAGGAUACAUUGGAUUUAGAGAAGUUGUAUGAUGGAAUGGCCAAGUCCUUAGCUUCUUAUGCCCGGCCUCUGUUUAUCAGAACUGUCAAGGAGAUAGAGAUGACAGGAACAUUCAAACUCAAGAAGGUAACUGUUCAGAAGGAAGGCUUCAAUAUAAACAUAAUCAAGGAUAAAGUAUUCUUCUUGGAUGCAAAGAAGAGAGCA